GCGGAGGCCGAGAAGAUGGCGGACGGCGAUAGUGGCAGCGAGCGCGGCGGCGGCGGCGGCGGCGGCGGGCCCGGCGGCUUCCAGCCCGCGUCCCGCGGCGGCGGCGGCGAGCAGGAGACGCAGGAGCUGGCCUCGAAGCGGCUGGACAUCCAGAACAAACGCUUCUACCUGGACGUGAAGCAGAACGCCAAGGGUCGCUUCCUCAAGAUCGCCGAGGUGGGCGCGGGCGGCUCCAAGAGCCGCCUCACCCUGUCCAUGGCGGUGGCCGCCGAGUUCCGCGACUAUCUGGGCGACUUCAUCGAGCACUACGCGCAGCUGGGCCCCAGCAGCCCCGAGCAGGUGGCAGCGGCGGCGGGCGCCGAGGAGGGCGGUGGGCCGCGGCGCGCGCUCAAGAGCGAGUUCCUGGUGCGCGAGAACCGCAAGUACUACCUGGACCUCAAGGAGAACCAGCGUGGCCGCUUCCUGCGUAUCCGCCAGACGGUCAACCGCGGCGGCGGCGGCCCCGGGCCCGGCGGCCUGCAGAGCGGCCAGACCAUUGCGCUGCCCGCGCAGGGCCUCAUCGAGUUCCGCGACGCGCUGGCCAAGCUCAUCGACGACUACGGCGGCGAGGACGACGAGCUGGCAGGGGGCCCGGGCGGCGGCGCCGGGGGCCCCGGGGGCGGCCUCUAUGGAGAGCUUCCGGAAGGCACCUCCAUCACGGUGGACUCCAAGCGUUUCUUCUUCGACGUGGGCUGCAACAAGUAUGGAGUGUUCCUGCGCGUGAGCGAGGUAAAGCCUUCGUACCGCAACGCCAUCACCGUUCCCUUCAAGGCGUGGGGCAAGUUCGGGGGCGCCUUUUGCCGGUAUGCGGAUGAGAUGAAAGAGAUCCAGGAGCGGCAGAGGGAUAAGCUUUAUGAGCGACGCGGCGGAGACGAGUCGGAGGGAGAGGAGGUGGAUGAGGAUUGAAACGCGCAGCUUUUCCUAUGGGCCUCUCCACCCCACCACCGUCCCCUUGGCUAGAGAGCUCCCCUUCCUGUUCAUCCCCCAGUGAGCUAGAGGAGGGGGAGCGAGGGAGGCCCCAGAGGGAGAAAACUAAAUUUAAAGUAAUAUAGUUAAUUAAGAGAAGUAACCGGAAGAGAACCGUCACGGACACUUAGCGAAAAGCAGUGAAGUUCCAAGAUACUGACAGCAACCUGCAAAGAGAGGAGAGAAGACAAAACAGCGUCUCCUCACCUGAGUAAAAGAGUCUCAGCUUCUGUUGCUUCCCAGCUGAGGUUCCUGAACCCUGGGUGGGUCAGAUCCUUGCACAUUGGCCAAGGAACACCUUCGAGUUACCCAGACCCAUUGGAGACAGUUGAGUUUGUGUUGUACCUGGGUAACCUGUUGGAAAGAUUUUUCCAGACCACACUUUGGCCGUGUCUAUCCCUUCACCUCCGUUGAAGUCAGCGUUUUGAACCUAGAUCUUCAUGGAAUUCUUGUGAAGAGAGAGGCCUUUUCAGUUACCCAGUUCUGAGGGUACACGUUUCCUAAAGAGGAGCAACUAAGUAACCACAGACAGGGCAAAAUCAUUUUGUGAAGCCACCAGGGAAUACAGAAACAAACUGGGUCCAUUUUGUUUCACAUGGUUUUGCAUGGGACCUGAACCAAGGCCCAUGUCUUUGCAGAAUUGUUCUCCGGGAUGCAAAUGAAUUCAGAUAUCACUCCUUGAACUAGAAGCCGUUACUAUAAUAUUUUGAAAGCUGGCAAAUUUUUUUCAAAGCUAGAAGAGCAGUUUUGCAUGGGGGGUUGCUGAGGUAGGCACAAGAAGAAAUCGGACAUAAAGCACAAGGAAAACUGUUUGAGUGGAUUGGUUGCUGCUCACUAAAGUUCUUCCCCGAUCUCCAAAUAUGGAGGUCAUUACCGAGAAAUGGCUUAGAUGUGAAUGAGAGCCAGAUCCCUGUGGCUCCACCGCAUGAGCCAGUGAAUUGUGGCUAAUUCGGCUGUUUCGGCCACUGGUUGGCUGGAUUUUAAACCAUAAAACUUGAAGAUAGCUACAAAAGGAACAGUUUGGCUACAAGCCUGAGCUUUAAUGGAACAUACGUCCUCACAGAAAAGUUGGAAGUAACCAAAACUGAAGUUUUCAUCUACCUUCAGUUUAGUCUGUGGAUUUGUUCAAAUACUAAAGAUCCUCAGGUCCAGAAUUCCAGCAUCAUUUAUUCUUUUAAAAUAAAUUUUUAAGAACUUGAUCCGUUGUAUCAGUACCUCACAAUCAAAGUUGGCAAAUGAUGGAUGAGUGAUUCAAGCAGCGUGCCCUUUGGAAGCUGAAAUCCAUCUGGAUGGAGCCGAAGUGAACGUGAAUAUGCUGACUAUAUCCUGGAAGCAUUUUUAUACCAUCUUGCAAUUUCAACAAACUGGCUUUUGCCAGUUUAUCCAGCUGUCUUUCAAGAAUAAAAGUUGGGGUUUUCAAGGAUCGCCUCUUCUAUAUUUUAAAUGGAUUUUCAGUAUGAUUUUUACUAAUCAAGUUAAUCCCACCCCAUGCAAAGGUAUUCCUACAAAUGUUAUAGACCUAGGUAACUUUGAAUCGAAUGGGAGCUAAUGUUCUUUCCAAAGUUUUCAGGUAUACUUUGUGUGACACCUUCUCAACCAGGAGGCAAGUAACCCCACCUCCACAAUCUUAAGUUUGUUUUUUGUUUUUUCUUUAACUGCAUGCCUGCCCUUUAUUUGAGCUGCCUUUUAAUUUAUUGCAUACCCCUCUUAUUAUCUUAUUUUGGUAUUAUUCAAUCUAUACAAUCUUUUUGUAUUUAUUGUGAAAUAAGUAAUAUACAAAAAGGUCAAUUUCAUGACUUGUGGCUGAGAGGGAGGGAAAUGUGUAUAUAAAAUUAGGCUUUUUAAAAAAAUUAGAUUUGAUUCAGAAUAUCACUGAUCUUAGAUUUUUUUUAAAAAAAAGGAAGAGCCACAAACAUUGGUGCCCUUUUCAGACUAUUUCUCUACUCUCAUCAUCCACAGUAGACUUUUUAAACAAAUUUUUUUUUAGGCUUUUCUUUUUUUAAAAUUUUUCUCCGUUGCAAAGAAUGUUUCCUAAAUUGUAUGGGAGCAAUAGUAUUUUUGAUGUUUUAAUGACAUCUGUAUACUCGUACUGUAUUUUGUACUACAAGGCAGCUGUUUUCAAUAAUGUCCUGCUGUAUUUACCUAUGUGUUUUGAGUGUUUCUUUCUUUGCUGCGGAGAACAAAUCCCUCAAUAGUUUUAGUAGUACAGGAGCUGAGAAGCUAGCUUUAUUAGGCUUGCAGAAACUGUUUAAGUUUCGAACUCUGAGGCAGCAAUGAAAAAUCAAGGUUGCAGCUCUUAGUUGAUUGCUGUCACUUUUUCGAUUUCAAAACAUGUAUAAUUCCUGUAUAGACCAACUUGUUUUCUUGCUUCAGCGGUGGUUCUCUUGCUCAGCUGCAGUGAGCCAGUUCAAUUUUGCAAAGGUGCAGUACCUCUCCUUUUUAAGGGGUGGGUUUAUUCUUUCUUCUUUUCUUUUUGUUUGGCUGAAUUGCAGUAACUAGCCUUGCCUUUCUAUUCUGUAGAAAUGACAGGGUCUUCACAAUCCUUCACCAGUGGCUACUAAGCUAUAAUUAGCUGAAUAGAAAGAAUGUGGAAGUGGUCUGAGGCAUAUAGAGUGUAUGCCAAGAACACUGCCAUAUAUGGCAUCAGCUUUGGUUACCAGAGAAAUUUUCUUAGUCAUUAGACCAUAUAACAGUAAUAUAUCAUAUGUAAAUCUUUAGAUAUCAAUUUGAGAAUCCUCCAAAAAAAGGAGCAAAGAAUGCAUAAGCUAUGUGUUGGAAAAGUAAUUUAUAUUAAAAUUUUGACCUGCCUAUGUAAGAUUAAGUGGUAAAUGUCAUAGUGGUGGGUUUUUCAGUCUUAGCCAAUCUCAGAGGUUUGUUUCUCCUGCAGGAGGUGGGUCCUGGCCUCUUCUCCCUGCAGGAAGAUUACUGGAGGCGGUGGAUUAAUUGUAGCAUUCACUGAUCCUCAUCCCAGUCUCUGGGGACAAUAGAAAUCUGCCAGGCACAGACACUACACUUGUGGCGUGUGGUUGGUUUGUUGAGCAAGGUGAUGUGGACAGGCUGUCUCUCGGAACGCAUUCCUGACUAUUGCUACUAAAGGAAGGGAUUCCCCUCCGCAAACGGCAUGGUACAGACUAUGGGAAACCAAUUUUUUUGGUUUUGUCUUUCCCCCACUACUGUGAACAGUGAUUUAGGGCUGUUUUUCAACCUUGGCAAACAUCCCAGCUAAUCACGUGUUCAAAACAGUCGUGUUCCUAAGAAGGAGGGAACUAAAAUUCCCUCUUCGGAUCGUUGGUGGAAUGUUUGUUUCUCAAACUACUGCAGUCACAGGAGAAAUCAAAUUUUAGGAACGGAAUCAAAAGAGCGAAAUCUGGAGUUCCCUUGUGGCUCAGCAGGUUGAGGAUCUGGCGUUGCCGCUGCUGAGACUCAGGUCCAGUCCCUGGCCCAGGAACUUCCCCAUGCCACAGGCACAGCUAAAAAAAAAAAAGGCAAAAAUCUGUGACAAGAUACUCUUCCUUUCUGGUUUCUAUUGUCCCUACCUAUCAUUCAAGUCGAAUGGCAGUUCUAGUCAACAGAGAAAGUUUUCUGUGCGAAUGCUGCGCAAUACAAGAUGCAAAUCUGUAUGGCACCAAAAAUCAAAGUGAAAACCAAACCAAAAACCCAGACACCCUAUGUUACUGUGGGAGGCAUGUAGGUGGUUUAAAUGACUGUAGUUGUGAUAUACACAUGGCUACACGUCGCUUCACUUUCCAUAAUUAUUUACUGCAAAGUGAUUGAGGAGCUUUGGUGCAGAGGCGGCCGAGACCUGCUGCGGCUUCCUUUGUUGCCUCUCAGUCACUUUGCAAUAAAUUGCAGGUCUUUUAAGAGAUUCAAGCUUCAGUUUUCUCAAAACAAAACAAUUAUCCUGGCUUAUCCGACAAUGCAGGGUUGUGGGCAGAAGAGGCUGGUUAUACUAAUGCCCUCAUAUUGAGUGGUCUGUAAAUGGCUGCACACUUCAGGCGCUACAUAGUUGCUGAGAAUGCUUUGUUAAAUGUAACCUUGACUGGCUGUACAGGGGGUAGAGUGUGCUCUACACAAGGUGUUAAAAGCUAACUAUUGGUCUGUGUCUGCCUUGCUCUUGAGGUGGAUGAAAUUGAGAAGCUUGAGUGUGUAAGCCAUGUGCACAUAGGUAUUCUUCACUGUAAAUUUUGUUUUCAUUUUUAACCCAGUUAUGGUACUUUGUCCAAUGCACAACUGAUCUCUCAGUAGAUAUUCACUUGAGAAUAGUGUGGCCUUGAUCAGUGAGAAGGGGAAGGAGAGAAGUGACUUUUCGCUUAUGUAAAAAUGACUCGUUUGCUGAGAGUCGUUCUGCAGCACUCUUAGCAUCUAACGCGUUUGUGGUCGGUCUCCUUGUUGAUGGGGGGAAGUUAAUGUUUUUUGACCCCGGGAGUUAUUAAUUCAAUUGAGUUGUCUUCUAUUUUUAGGAAGUAUCAGAAUUGCUCUGAUAAGUAACAAAGUUUGACUGCUUUGAUGUCCAAUCUCAGGUUUUAGAAUAUAUAUAGUGGUGUAAAAUUCCACUGUUAACUCUUAAACAAUUUUAAUCUAGUACGUUCCCUAAAAGUCACACGCAUGAGGCCUGUUCAGAGAGCAGAGCCUCUCACCUUUUUGCCCCUUUUCCACUUUGUACUUCACUUGAGAAAGUGUCCAGUGAUUUUCCAUUGAAUGUUUCCAUUUUAACCCUGACAUAUUUCUCAAAGAUAAAGCACUUUUUGAUCAUGAAAUACACGGAAUCUGUGUGUGAUGCGGAUCAUAUGGUUUCUCAGGCUCCCCAGAUAAUUUGCUUAGGAAUAUCGUUCUAACUCUGUGAGAAGAGUAGAAGUCUUUGCUAACGUGAGAGCGUUUGUAAUUUUGAUCUAGAGUGCAUUCUGCUAGCUUCCAAUGGAUGGGAGAGUAAACAAUGCUGCAUUCACGAUGGAAGAAGUUACUUUCCCUUGAGCCUUAAAGUAGCUUUUUUUUUCUGUCAGUGACAAGGCACUGAAGUUAUAGUAAAUGAAUGAGAUUUCUAGUUUUCAGGGUUGGUUUUAGAGUACUGUAAACCAAUUAGCUGUCUUCCUAAACAGUUACUAUUCCCACUGAAUAAACUGGAUAAUGGGUGUGUGGGUGGGGCUUGAGGGGGGUGGGGUUAUUUGUAGGAAAAAAAAUUAUUUUUACCUUAAGAAAAGUACAGACACAAAAGGAAGAAGUCCAUAUCAAUGCUGUUUGAAAUUCCAGGUAUAAGGUGGCAAUGGGAAGUUGUACCCUCAUUUCACCUGUUUUUAAUCUAGAGAAGCAAAGUCAUUAAUUUUAACAUGUUAGCCCCCAGAAAUUUCAAGAGAUAACAGACUAUUGAAUGGUGACUUCUCUUCAUGUGUAUCUAUCUGCUAUUUAAAGUUGCUCUUCCCAGCCCUCAGUCUUAAGACUUAGUUUCAUUACUGAUGGAUUUAAUGGACUCUUUUUUUUUUUUCCAGUAAAUGUUGUUCAGAGUUCCCUGGUGGCUCAGCGAGUUAAGGAUCUGGCAUUGCCUCUGCUGUGGCACAGGUUCCAUCCCUGGCCCGGGAACUUCCACAUGCCAUUGCCCCCCCCCCCCAAAAAAAAAUGGUCCAAUUGUCAGUAUGAAAUUUGGAAAAUAAUAUUGUAUGUGAAGACUUUUUACUCUAGUAAUUUCCAAUUGAUACCUGUAUCCCUGAUCCAAGUAAGACCUUUAUGAAUGUAUUUUGCAUUUCCUCAUGAAAUAGGGAAUAUGCCGUCAGUGUAAUCACCUUUAUUUGCAGUCUUUUCCUUUUCGUUUGAAAAGCUGACUCACACCUCCUGGAUUAGACAUUCCAGUUGGGGUAGGUAAAGCCAUGUUAAAACAACAGCAAAUGCCACAUUGGUAGUUUUCACUGCUCGGUAGGACUUCUCGUAACAGGAGGGCAGAGCUUUGUUUGAUGCAAAAAUGUUAUUUUUCUUUUUCUAUAGGUGAUUCUAACAGAUGGUUUAAUGAAAGAGUACAACUGUACUUUUGAUUAACAUGGGGUUUUAGGAGCCCAUUUCCUUUCCCUUUGUUGUGUGUAAAAUACCCACUGACUUGGAUAAGAGAGGGCUAGUCAUACCUUUACUAUGAUGAAUGUGGGCCCAGAGGAUUGGAGGGAAAGCAGUAUUGAAGUUCACUGUCCACUAGCACAUUGCAGGAGACAUGAGUUUGUCUUUUUUUUUUUUUUUUUAUCCCUGCUCUAAUACAUCAGUGGCUGAGUCGUUGAAGAAAUUGAUUUAGAUGAUCUCUUAUUUCUUAAGGCAAACUCCCAUCCCUAGGCUUGCCCUACAUUGCAAGAUCAGACUGGGCUUAAAAAAUCUUCACCCAUAUUUGGAACUAGAAUGGCAAGUAGUAGAUUUUUCCUCUUUUAAAAUUCCUUUUUCAGGGACAUAACUGGGGAGAGAAAGUUGAAAAUUGAAAAACAGGUACAUUUUAAACUGUUCAGAUAUGAGGCUUAAACCCUCUCCCAGCCCACAUGUCACCUCUGUGGCAAAAGCUCUCUGGAUCCCUAGAAGUUAAUAGAUUGGACAAAAGUCUAGAAACUGAUUUUCUUUUUUAUUUUUCCCUCCCUCCCCCAAGAAAAUGAUUUUAAAUAAGUACAGGGCAUACUUAAAAAGAGUCUAUAGUUUUGUAUGUUAUGGUAGCAGAUAAGUAAAUUUGAGGGUUUUUUUUUUCAAUGAUAUCAAUAUUUGAAUAAUAACUAAGAUUAUCAGUGUAUUUGGACUUUUUUCUAAAGUUCUGGAAUGAUUAGUAGGGAUUUAUUCUUCCUUUUGCACCUUCCUGCAGAUGUUUUUUCCAAGACCAUUAUUAGAAGUCUGUUCAUCUUCCAAUAGAAAUGUCCAGAUAACACACUUCCUUCACUGCCAGUUAUGUCUGCCAGGGGCCUCCUUAGACUAGAUUCUUCUUCACUCCAAAGUUGGGACUCAUGUCCUGCCAGUAGCGAAUCUACAGAAGUAAUCUGAAUGAGUUAAAACCAAAUCUUGAUAGCAGGAGACAGAGCUUCCUGAUCUAGAUGUACCACUAGAGUUUAGAUUGGAAGUUACUUUAAAGGGGGUUUUUUGGGAUGUCUUCAGUCUCUGUGUAAAUAUCCACAUGCUUGUGCAUUGUAAACCAAGUGUGUAUUCCUACGUAUGAAUUUGUAGAACUGAUCUCUCUGCUUCAAGAGAAGCUGCACCUUUAAUUUUAUAAGAUCCCCUCCACCUGUUACCCUAUAAAUAUUUGUAAAUAGAACACUAAAAUUUGUAGUGAUAGGAUCAAUUUGGGAAUAUCUGCUGAGAGACCAAAAAGUUCAUUUUUUUAAGUACCUUGGUUAAAGAGUAAAGAUUAUUCCUCUUAUUUUUUAAAAGAAGAAUGCACUUUAACAAACACAGAGCUGCAUGGGCAAUUCAAAUAAAUCCGUGAAGUGCAGUACCCAUUCAGAAAUCAUACUUCCUGGAAACCGUUCAAAAGCAGAGUCUAGACGGGCUGUUGAUCUCACUGCCUGGCCGUUGAAGCUCAGGUUCCGGUCAAUUUUGAGACGAGCAGGGCUGCUUCAAAAGAGCAACAUGAAUACAGCCAGAAGCUUCAGACAGGUCUGUCAAUGGCGGGUCCCGUACUUACCACUAACUAGCAAAACUGACAAGAAAAAAACUCAUAGAGAAAAAAUCCUACUGCUGGUGUGCACUCCUUACCAUAACAGACUUUUGCAAAUGGAGUUUUACAGUCUAUAUUUAAAAAAUUGUAUGUUUGUAACAAAUAAAGUAUGCGGAAAAGUGAA